GAGCGCUCGGUCCCGCCGCUUUAUCACUGAAAGCCGCUGUAAUGCUGUAAGUUUGGCGGCCGUGGGGCGGCAGUUCGGAGGAGGAUGAGCCCGCGUCGCCGCUGAGCGGCCGGACUGAGGGACUAAUCUCCGUUUCUACAUGUUUUAAACUGUAUCGCUGAGCGGGGUUGGCAGCGCAGUCCGCAGCCGAGGCGAUGCUCCAGCAGCCGUCAGACCGCAGGGUCGCGGUUCUGCCCGCCUCUCUGUCAUGAGCGCCGGUGAGGGAGCCCCGCCAGCCCCGCGGCCGGAGCUCCGCGCCCCGCCAGCCCCGCGGCCGGAGCUCCGCGCCCCGCCUCAGGGCGAGGCCGAGCAGGAGGCCGCCGGGCUCUCCGGAGCUCCAGGAGCGCCGUGGGACUCCAGCAGCAGCAGCGGAGGAGGAAGAGGAGGAGGAGGAGGAGGAGUAGGAGGAGGAGGAGAGGCGGCGAGCGAGGAGGAAAGCGCAGCGCUGCCGUACCCGUCCCUCGCCCCGGUGGUUCUCUUCUGUAUGGGACAGAGCACGAGACCCCGCAGCUGGUGCCUCGCGCUCGUAUGCAGCCCUUGGUUUGAGCGAGUCAGCAUGCUGGUGAUUUUGCUCAACUGCGUCACCCUCGGCAUGUUCCAGCCCUGCCAGGACCUGGAGUGCCACUCGGAGAGAUGCAGCAUUCUGCAGGCGUUUGACGACUUCAUCUUUGCCUUCUUUGCUGUGGAGAUGGUGGUUAAGAUGGUGGCUCUGGGAGUCUUUGGCCCGAAGUGCUACCUUGGUGACACGUGGAACCGCCUGGACCUCUUUAUCGUCAUGGCAGGGAUGUUGGAGUACUCUCUGGAUGGGCACAACGUUAGUUUCUCUGCGAUCCGAACUGUCCGGGUUCUCAGACCACUUCGAGCCAUCAACAGAGUACCUAGCAUGCGUAUUUUGGUGACCUUACUAUUGGACACGUUACCGAUGCUGGGAAACGUUUUGCUGCUGUGUUUCUUCGUUUUCUUCAUCUUUGGGAUUGUUGGUGUACAGCUGUGGGCAGGGCUUCUGAGGAACCGCUGUUUCUUGGAUGAGGACGUGAGGAUGUUGUACAACUUCUCUCGGUCUCUCAGCCCUUAUUACAGGUCGGAAGACUCCGACGACAUCCCCUUUAUCUGCUCAACCAACCGGGAGAACGGGAUGCUGCGUUGCUCGGACGUUCCGCCCCGCAGGGUGGGGGGGGUCUACUGCCAGCUCAGUGCUGACAAUAUUACAGACCACACCCCUCAAGCGGCUGCCCAGAAUGGGUGUGUCAACUGGAACGCAUAUUAUAACAGCUGCAGAGCAAGCGAGCACAAUCCACACAAUGGCGCCAUCAACUUCGACAACAUAGGAUAUGCUUGGAUCGCCAUCUUUCAGGUCAUCACUUUAGAGGGAUGGGUGGAUAUCAUGUACUACGUCAUGGACGCACAUUCCUUUUACAACUUCAUCUAUUUCAUCUUCCUCAUCAUUGUGGGCUCCUUCUUCAUGAUCAACCUGUGCCUGGUCGUCAUAGCGACUCAGUUUUCGGAAACGAAGCAGCGGGAGAACCAGCUGAUGCGGGAGCAGCGGGCUCGCUUCCGCAGCAACGAGUCAACACUAGCUAGCUUGACCGAGCCUGGCUCCUGCUACGAAGAAAUGAUCAAGUACCUGAGCCACCUCUGCCGCAAGCUCGGCCGGCAGGUCAGCCGUGUCUACGGCAGGAUACGGCCGUGCCGGCGGAGCAAGGGCUCCAGCCCCAGGAACUCUGCGGCAGGAGGAGGCUCCAACAGACACUGGAGCAGCAAGGAGAAUUUCGACCUGACCCGACACCUCAUACACCACCACCACCACCACCAUCACCACCGACACCACUGCAACGGCAUGGACAUGGAAAUGAAGGCCCUUCAUUUGGGUGGUGAAGGUCAGACCCUCAAACAGACUCCCCCUCUCUCCCUUCCUUUACCCAGCGUGAAGGGUUUGAACUACCCCACCAUACUGCCCUCUGCACUUUUCACACACUCACGCACAAAGCGCGGCUGCGCAAGCGGGGUCAAGACCCCUGCGGCCAGCCACUCACAAUACGGCAGGACAGUCCACAGUGGGUUCCACGAGACCUACAACAAAAUGCAACAUGGUCUAUACCCAGAUGUGUGCUCCAGUGCGUGCGUGGAAGGCGGUGCUGGUCUGGCACCUGGCGAGUUUUCUCCAUGCCCGAUUUGUGUCCCCGAGGGCAGUGGUGUAACCUACCACUCCGACAGCGACUCGGACACAGAGAAGCGGAGUUCCAGGGGCACGGAAGUGAAGAAAUUCAGCUGGGAUGCGGAGCCGAGGGAGAAACCGACUGGGAACUGCUUCAGCGUUUGUCUGCGCUGUGCCAGAGCUGUAUUGAGGAGAAUUGUGGACAGCAAGUACUUCAACAGGGGGAUAAUGUUUGCUAUCCUCAUCAAUACACUCAGCAUGGGAGUGGAAUACCACGAACAGCCGGCUGAGCUGACAGAUGUGUUGGAGAUCAGUAAUAUAGUCUUCACCAGCCUGUUUGCCCUAGAGAUGCUGCUCAAGCUGCUGGCCUGCGGUCUAUUUGGCUAUAUCAGCAACCCCUACAACAUUUUUGAUUUGAUCAUUGUUAUCAUCAGCGUGUGGGAGAUCAUCGGGCAGGCGGACGGAGGUUUAUCGGUUCUGCGGACGUUCCGACUCCUGAGGGUUCUGAAACUGGUGCGCUUCAUGCCGGCCCUGCGCAGACAGCUGGUGGUCCUGAUGAAGACCAUGGACAACGUGGCCACUUUCUGCAUGCUGCUCAUGCUCUUCAUCUUCAUCUUCAGUAUCCUGGGGAUGCAUCUCUUUGGGUGUAAGUUCACUCUGCGCUUGGAGAAUGGGGACACGGUCUCUGAUAGGAAGAACUUCGACUCGCUCCUCUGGGCCAUUGUCACCGUGUUCCAGAUACUGACACAGGAGGACUGGAACGUGGUGUUAUAUAACGGCAUGGCCUCCACGUCUCCAUGGGCAGCCCUGUACUUCGUGGCUCUGAUGACCUUCGGCAAUUACGUCCUCUUCAACCUGUUGGUGGCCAUAUUGGUGGAGGGCUUCCAGGCUGAGGGAGAUGCUAGCAGGUCAGAGAGUGAAGAUGAUGUUCUGUCCUCUGACUUUGAUGAAGAGGACAAAUUGAGAGAACUGUUAAGCUCAGGGAUGGAUGUGAAAAUGCAGACACUCAUGCCGAUCUCUAACGGUCAUCUGGAGCCCAGAGCAGCGAUGCCCCCCCACAACACACACAUCCACCCCAGCGCCACACCCAGGACUGAAAUCUCCCACAUCGACAUGCAAUCACGACGCAGCAGCAACGCCUCCAAUGAGCACCACGACCAGAGAUCGCUGUCCAGUCUGUGGGGAAGCCGCCGCUCCAGCUGGAACAGCCUAGGCCACGCCCCCAGCCUCAAGAGGCGUGGCCAGUCAGGAGAGCGCGAGUCACUCCUAUCAGGCGAGGGGCGGGAAAGCUUAGAUGAUGACCAGUCGGAGGAGGGCAAGUCCAGCAGGACGGGCAGCCUGGGCGGAGUUUCGCGUCUGGGGUCUUUCGACUUGCCGGAGCUGCUGCAGGUUCCGCCCCUGUCCCGCCCCUAUGUGGAGUGCAACGGCAGAGUGGACGGGUCCUAUCCUUCUUCUCCAUACGGGCCUCAGCGACAGCUCUCACAUACACAUGCAGAGGAAGAUGAGGAGUUGGAAGAGAGCUGGUGUCUGAUGGUCAAGAGGAUAUUGGAGCCAUAUAAACCCCAGUGGUGCAGAGAUCACGAAGAUUGGUCACUUUAUCUGUUCUCGCCUCAAAACGAGUUCCGUGUGCGUUGUCAGAAGGUCAUCACUCAUAAGAUGUUCGAUCACAUUGUCCUGAUCUUCAUCUUCCUCAACUGCAUCACCAUCGCACUAGAGAGACCUGACAUCCAGCCCUACAGCAUGGAACGUGUUUUCCUCAGCGUGUCUAACUACAUCUUCACUGCCAUCUUCGUAGCUGAGAUGACAGUUAAGGUGGUGGCGAUGGGGAUGUAUGUGGGUCCAGGCUCGUAUCUGCAGAGCAGCUGGAAUGUUCUAGAUGGGCUGCUGGUCUUCGUGUCUAUAGUGGACAUCCUGGUGUCGCUGGCCUCGUCUGGAGGCAACCGCAUUUUGGGAAUCCUGCGUGUGCUGCGUCUCCUCAGAACGCUGAGGCCUCUCAGAGUUAUAAGCAGAGCUCCAGGACUUAAGCUGGUGGUUGAAACACUGAUAACGUCUCUCCGACCAAUUGGAAACAUUGUGCUGAUCUGCUGUGCUUUCUUCAUCGUGUUUGGCAUAUUGGGGGUCCAGCUCUUUAAGGGAAAGUUUUAUCACUGCGAAGGCUUCGACACCAAAAACAUCACCAACAAGUCGGAGUGUCUGCAAGCGCACUACCGAUGGGUACGCCGAAAAUACAACUUUGACAAUCUGGGCCAGGCACUGAUGUCGUUGUUUGUCCUUUCAUCUAAAGACGGCUGGGUCAACAUCAUGUAUGACGGGUUAGACGCUGUGGCCGUGGACCAGCAGCCCAUACGGAACCAUAACCCCUGGAUGCUGCUGUACUUCAUUUCCUUCCUGCUGAUCGUCAGUUUUUUUGUGCUGAACAUGUUUGUGGGCGUGGUGGUGGAGAACUUCCACAAGUGCCGGCAGGACCAGGAGGAAGAGGAGGCGCGGCUGAGGGAGGAGAAGAGGCAAAGACGCAUGGAGAAGAGGCGCAGGAAGGCCCUUCAGAGACCGUAUUACGCGGACUACUCUCCCGCUCGUCUCUACAUCCACACUCUCUGCACCAGCCACUACCUGGACCUCUUCAUCACCGUCAUCAUCGCCAUCAACGUCCUCACCAUGUCCAUGGAGCACUACAACCAGCCCAAGCGUCUAGAAGAAGCCCUGAAAUAUUUCAACUAUGGCUUCACGUUGGUGUUUGUGAUUGAGGCCAUCCUGAAACUGGUCGCCUUCGGCUUCAGGAGGUUUUUCAAAGAGAGGUGGAAUCAGCUAGACUUGGCCAUUGUUCUGCUGUCUGUUAUGGGCAUUACCCUUGAGGAGAUUGACCUGAAUGCCUCAUUACCCAUUAACCCAACCAUCAUUCGCAUCAUGAGAGUACUUCGCAUUGCCAGAGUGUUGAAGCUGCUGAAGAUGGCCACAGGAAUGAGGGCAUUGUUGGACACGGUAGUCCAGGCUUUACCCCAGGUUGGGAAUCUGGGUCUCCUCUUCAUGCUGCUCUUCUUCAUUUACGCCGCUCUGGGAGUGGAGCUCUUUGGAAAACUCGAAUGCUCAGAGGAGAAUCCAUGUGAAGGUUUGAGCAGACACGCUACGUUUGAGAACUUCGGCAUGGCGUUCCUCACCUUGUUCCGGGUCUCUACCGGAGACAACUGGAACGGAAUCAUGAAGGACACUCUGCGGGAGUGUAAGAGUGGAGACCGCUGCUUGAGUUACCUGCCGCUGGUGUCCCCACUUUACUUUGUGACGUUCGUCCUGGUGGCUCAGUUCGUGCUGGUGAACGUGGUGGUGGCUGUGCUCAUGAAGCAUCUAGAAGAGAGCAACAAAGAGGCUUCCGAAGAGGCGGAGAUGGAGGCGGAGCUGCAGGAGGAGCUGCAGGCAGUUAGGCAGCAGAGCAUGGCCUCUGUGGGCGCCGUUUCUGGGCCAGAGAGUAAAGCUGUGGCUGUAGGUUCACAGAGUCCUGCACCUGAACAGCGAGAUGACCCUUACAAUGGCAACCUGCUCUCUGUUGGGAAGCCUUCCAUAUCAAGGAUGCUGUCUUUGCCAAAUGACAGCUACAUGUUCUACCCCAUUAAGCCUGGACACAGGGCUGCUGAUCAACCCAUCUCCAAACAGCAGUCCAUUGACCGGAAUACUCUAGCAGGCUCGUCUCUCUCUGUAAGCUCUCAGCCGUGUGAACAGGGAUCCCUACUACAGGCUCCAAGGGCAAAACCACAAACAACCUCCAUCUCUCACUUAGAGUCGCUACCCCAGCGUUGCCCCGGUAGACACAACUCCCUCAGGAUGCUUCACAGACAGGAGGCAAUAAAGAGCGAUUCUGUUGAUUCGGCCCACCGCAGCUCCAGAGACAACUUACUUUUGCACUGCUCCGACGACCUUCUGCAUCUCAAAGUGCCCAGCAUUCCCCUGACAGGAGGCUCCGCCCCCUGCACUCCUCAGGCCACGCCCCCUAUCCUCCCUCGCAGCCGGACAGCCAGCGUACAAACGAGCAGACAGGUGUACAGCCAGCGCAGCAUCCCCAGCCGCAAGCCCGCACACAGCCAACCAACACGAACGCUAACUAUAGACAUGCAUGCGCUACCCAACACUGACGAGGCUGAUGAGGAGGUGCGGCAAAUCAUAUCCUCCGUGCACAAAAAAGACUCCCCCCAGCGGAUCAAACGUAGCCACACCUUAUCCCCUUAUGUCACAACCCCAAGCCAAUCACAGAACUCACAGCAGAGUGACAGGGGAGCUCACCAGCAGGGCUCUAGGGGUGGCAACCUGAGGAAGUACUACAGCGUGGACGCGCACGGUCUCCUCACCCAGCCCAGCUACCCUCGUAGGCACUCGACGCACGGCGAGGAGUUCCAGCUGCAGCCAGCGGCUGAGCAAAGCAGGCCGUCCUGUCAAACGCGUGGCAGAUCGGCAUCUCCGGCACCCAGAAAGGAGAAAAUGAGUCCGCCUUGCAUUUCUAUAGACCCGCCCACUGACUCGGAGAUUCCCUCUCCUCCAACCUCCAAUCAGGAGAGCAGCACAGUCCUGAGGAGGCGGGCGCCGUCGUUUGAGUCGUUCACGCAGGAGUCUUUGGAUCUUCCCGAUAGUCCACCAGUCACAAAGCCCCUCCCGCCACUAGAACCUCAUUCGGAACCUUGUUCGUCAGGCCGCCUGCCUCUCCCCCAGUUUUCUUUUGACCAAUCAGACGUGAGCUCCCUGAGCAGUCUGUCGGAGCUGCUGUCGGACAGCGACCAGUCCUCACACUCCUUCCCUCUCGAGGCCCAGUCCGAGAGCGUGGGCCCUGUUGGGAGCAGUGUGGCACGUAGCUCCUUCAGGAAGAGGGGGCUGGUCAGAAUGCUCAGCUCUAGGGAUUCAGCAAACCCAGAUUCUGUUGCCUAGGCAACCAAAAACGUAAGGCUUUUGACGAUGCACCCAUCAGGUAGGAAUUGAGAGGGGGACAAACACAGUGAGGUCACGAGUUAUGCAAUGAACAGAACUGAAAUCCUUCCUAAUCAUAUUGAUUAGGAAUAACGGGAGUGUUAAUGAUCUAAACAACUGAAGUUUUAUGUAUGUUUGAACCUCUUGAACCUUAUAAACUCACGCCAUAAUCCUGCACCUCACAGUGCAGGUCUAAAAUAGCAGGAGUGAUGUACCUGUUAUCAUCAAACUAUUGUGAUACUAAAUAGCAACCCUUAAAUAAUUGAUAUAUUUUAGUUACCAUUAGAACCCUAUAUUAUAAUAUGGUUGUUAUAUCCUGGAUCUAAGGAGAAUGUUAGCUUAGUUUAAGGUGUUAAAACCUGAACUAUGUGUUUCAAUGUGGCAGUAGGUUCAGUGUUUUUUUGUUUUUUUUUAUGGUGUAUUCACAGAAGGGGGCGAUGCUGACAUGUUGUUGUUGAAAGCUCAAAUCUUAAACGCGCUGCAUGGCAGAAUUAUAAGGACUGUAUGGGUGAGUGAACUACGAUGGCGAUCGCAGACUGUACGAAGUAAUAUAUUUAUUGAACGCAGGGAUCGGCCUAUUGUAUUUUUUUAGGUCAGUGUUUUGCACAUGGAUUGAGAAGAAGCGUGCUCAAGACUUUUGUCCGUUUUCUCUGGCAGUUUCUACGAAAUAUAUUUAGAGUAAACAAACGAGCACUUCUGCCACAAGAUUUUUCAGAUUUUUUCAUGGCACCUGAGACUCAAAGAUUUCUCACUGCAAUGAUAAAGCAUGUGAAUGCAGGCUUAAAUGCUUCUUCAGUUACCGCUUUGAUGAGCACCUCUGCCAGUCAAGAAAUGAAGUGGGGGUCUGGUAUCUCGCUCCAAAGCCGUACCAGUUCCUGUUAUGUUCUUACACUGUUAUUUCAUUGUGGUCAUGAUGAGAGAGCACCGUUCUCCUUACGGUCUUGAUUGUCACUUAUGCAGCAACAGUUAAAGGGAAAUUGCGUUAAUCGUCCAGUAUUUCUGCAUAGUUUAGUAAACCGUCAUUCUCAUUAAGAUUUCUUUACAGGGGUGCUGAUGGGAACCAGUGGUCACUUUGGCUCUGUUCACACAGCAGGAUAAAGUGGCCCAAAUCUGAUUUUCUCACCGAAUCCAACUCUUUUGUUUGGAUGUUCAUUUUAUCUUUCAAAUGUGAUCUACAUGCCACAUCAGUCUGAACAGAUCAGCUCCUAAAGCGCAAAAGAACAACACUUGACGAGGCUCGUCCAGAGGUAAACAAUCACGACUGCCAACGAACGCCAGUCGCUCCCGGAGCUUCAGUUUUACCUUUGCCAGCAUCACAGGAUCCAUCAUGAAGCUUCACUGACUGGCAGCUGGGCUCAUCACCCAGAACGUGUUCAAGCGUCCGAUUCUUUAAACUUUGCUUUCAGACUUUUAACUGUUCUUUGACGAGGCAGCCUUGUUCUCCUGCGGCUGCGUUCGCCCAUUUCUUUCAAAAUCUCUUCAAACACGGAGCAGUUUGGAUGAGUCUCUUCUAAUUGUUGUACAGAAACAUCACUCCAAACGUUUGAGGUCUCAGCAGUGUGAAAUAAUAAUGAAUGUCAGGUUUGAUUACAUAAAAACGGCAUGAAUUCUAAUCUGAGUCGCAUUGCCGCAUAUCGGAUUUCAGUACCUCAUAUGAAAGCGUCUCAAUCGAAAUUGAAAAUGUCAGAUUCAGUGCAUUUUUUGCUGUUCACACUGACACAGACACACGUGUUACAUAUGAAGAAAAACAUCAGAUUUGGGCCACUUUUACCUGCCGUGGAAACACAGGGCUACAACACAGAUAAAGCCAAUUUAUUCACUACUCAGAGUGACCAGUGACCCUACACAGUAUUUAUAUGUAAUUUUGAUGAUGGUAAAACGUUAAAAAUAUGUUUUCUUUUGGUUACAUUUUGCCAGUGCAAAAACACCAGAAACCACCUUUCAUUUAUUCCAUUUCCAGUCAAAACAGGAUAAAAAACAGGAAACUUCUAUUUUACUGGAAAUUAUACUCCAACACUAAGUAUAAUAUCAGAUAUUGACAUUUGUGCAUCUCCUGCCACUUUAACUUUUCCAACCUACCAAUCUUGAAACCAACCAGUUACGGUUGUUUCCUUCAGCAAAAGCCUUUCCAAACAUAUCACUGACAUUAUGUUCCCCUUAAAGAGGCACUAACAUUCACACAAACAUCUGUAACUCACUUCACCGUAGCUGCCUUCAAAUUUCCUUCUCAUGUGCACCUGAAAUGGCUGAAGAAGAUAUUUCUGAAGAUUGUAGGUAUACGAUAAUCCAAGUUAAUAAUUGUAUACAAUAAGCAGAAAGUCUAAAGAAAAUAAGUGAAUUUGAACAAUAAAAAAGGCGGAGAGAAAAUGGGACUCCUAGCAACUACCUGGAAGACCUGGUUGGGACCAAAACUGGGCUAAGCAGAUAAGCAGCACAUAAAGCUUUUGUAUUUAGGAGAGAGGACAAAAUCAAGCUUCGGAUCACGUGGCUAUCAAGAAGCUGGUACUGAAAAAAGAAGAUAUUUUGCAGUAGAUCAUCAAAACUGGACAUCUGACGUUUUUUCUGAUGAGUCUAAAUUUGUAAGCAGGAUUACUUGGAUUAUACACUUGGGUAAAUUUAGUGGACAUGCACAUUUUAUAUAUAUAUAUAUAUAUAUGUAUGUAUAUAUAUGUGUAUAUAUGUAUGUAAAUCUAUACACACACACAGGGUGAUUCAAAAAGAUUAAUCCAAUUUCAAAGCGCCAUAUUUUUAUAACCGUGAGGCGGUUCAAUAAGAGUGAAUCCGUCAUCACAUGCAAUGUAAUCGUAGGCAGUGAACCUCCAACAGCUCCGAGUUCGUCGUUGGCUCCACAGCACUGGAUGAUCUCUGAAAUCGUACUGAAAGAGCCGUGAGUGCAGUGACACCCGGCACGCUCAGUCCAGUAUAGGAUGAAUUUAACUGGUGCUGAUGUUGUCCGUACAGCUGGAGGAGCUUCUUGUACAAUUUCAUAAUAAAUCUUAUGCUCAUUUGAACUGUUUACAGUUACUGCAUUGACCUGUAAUGAUUUACAAGGGAAAUAAAUCAUUUUGAUAUCGGAUGAAUCUUUUUGAAUCACCCUGUAGAAAUAGCCAUCAUGAAAACUAUCACAAAUCAAUGUCUCAGGCAUCAGGAUAGCUUUAUCGAAGCAUUAAACUCUUCAGAUGUCUGGUUCCUAUCACCAUCACCGUGAACAAUCCUGUGUUGUUCAGUUUCCCAUCAGACCACCUUGAACCACUUUGCUUACAUCUUAAUGAUUUUAAGAAAAUUCCCCUUUAACUGCUCAGAAAGUGUGUUGAGUGAUGAAACAUUUACACGGAAAAACAGUGAUAAAACCGCACUCUGUGAUUCCUAGUGGUUUUGUUUACAUCCACUUUGUUGUACAUAAGCAUUUCUUCUUGAAGAUAAAUCAUCGUGGAAGACUCAGAGAAAUAUUUUACCCCAUCGUGAGCCACUGUUGGUUUUAUAUCCCAUUGUUUACAAAGCAAUCAAAGCAUACCGAACGUCUUUCUUUGGGUAAUUCAAUUUGCAUCUCCAGCUCUGAGAAGUACGUUUCUACCAUCAGCUGUUGGCAGCGUUGUUUCUUUGUUCUCAAAUCACAGAGUGUACCUUUACUUUGAGUGUCGACAUGUAUUUUGCACCUCAGUAUCUCACUAGCUGUCGUGUCCUGCAGCAGAAGGAGAGAGACAUGGAAACCUAAGGGCUUUUAAACACAAAUCAUGUUAUUAAUGGUUUCUGAAGAGUUAAACGGUUUAUGUUAAGAACAUUUUUAAUGUAAGUUCCUGUGUUUUAAUAUCGAAAUUGUGAAAGAUCUGUCUACUGAAGUCCUAAAGAAGGCUUGCCUGUACAGGGUUCACUUUGUCGGAACGCAUCAAAAACGAUCACGCAGCAGUUUGACCCAGAGAGGUGCCUUUAGACUGUUUCAUGAUAAGAUUUCAGGGCAAGAGUGGACUUGGAGAUCGUUUUAUUCAGGCCACUGAAAAAUGUUGAUAGCGAACGUCAAAUUGACUGUUUUUUUUAAAGACAAUAAAGUUUAUUGAAGAGCA